CAUACGGUGGUUUUCGUUCCUCAUUAUUAACUGAUAAAGUACAAGGUUGGGCUAUUACCCUUCUUUUAAUAAUUUCGGCAAUAGGAUUUGGUGUUACAGUGAAACUUGAUCCUGGAGUAGUUAAUUCUAGUCCACUAUUACAAUCAAAUAAAUUGGGAUGGCAAUUAUUAUAUAUUAUGCCUGUUGCUAUUACAUUUGCCAACUUAUUCCAUCAGGGUUAUUGGCAACGAGCUUUUUCUUCUAAAAAUGAUCAUGAAUUAGUUCAUUCAGCAAUUUAUGGAAGUCUUUUACUUUUUCCCACAUUAUUUUUAAUUGGGUUUACUGGAAUUAUUGCAGCUUGGGCUGGUACUUGGCCAGGACCUGAUCCUGAAAAUCCAGUAGAACCUUAUAUGUCAUUCUUUUCACUUUAUACAUUAUUACCUGAUUGGGUUAAAGGAUUUGUUAUAGUAUUGGCAGUUAGUUUAAGUUGUUCGGCUUAUGAUACUUUACAAAGUGCUAUGGUAUCUACUAUGUCAAAUGAUUUAUUUAACAAUAAACUUCCUUUAAUGGUUAUUCGUUGCCUGACUUUACUUUUCAACAUUCCUGCUGUAAUCCUUGGUUCCAGAAAUCUUGAUGUUCUUGUUGUAUUUUUAGUUGGUGAUCUUAUAGCAGCUUCUAUAAUGCCCUCAAUCCUUCUUGGUCUU